UUUGUCUGGCCGCCCCAGAGUGAUUCAUCUCCAAGAUCCAAGAGAUCCAACACCCACAAUAUACUUCCCGCCCAAACGAAACACCAAAGGCAAGGAACAAUCCACGUCCUGCUUGUGUUACGGCCAACCCCCAUAAAGAGCUGAGCUGAGCCAAUCGAGGCAUCCCUCUUUCACACUUCUCUUCCUUCUCCCACUCUCCGCUCCGACGCCGCUCAAAAUGCUUCGAUCCUAUCCUGCGAGGACCGCCGUCCGCGCCUUGAGGCAGAAAUCAAGAUGCAAUACACAACACUUCUCGUCCUCACCAGCGGCGGCGGGUACCGCAUUGGUGCGAAAGGACCCCGCAGGUAAAAGAACACAGGCAACGGUUGCGACCGCUCCAGCCACUUCACCACAGACAAGUCCAAGUUCUGCCUUUAAUUCCACAGCACCCAAACGGGAAAACCCUUUAGAAACCGCCAAACAUGGCCGACAAUUGGAAAUGGACGAGUCAUUUAUUGGAAAGACUGGAGGAGAGAUCUUUCAUGAAAUGAUGCUUAGGCAAGGUGUCAAGCACAUCUUCGGUUAUCCUGGCGGUGCCAUCCUUCCCGUUUUCGAUGCUAUCUACAACUCAAAACAUUUCCAAUUCAUUCUCCCAAAACAUGAACAAGGCGCUGGGCAUAUGGCACAAGGGUAUGCGAGGGCUAGCGGAAAACCUGGUGUUGUACUUGUGACUUCAGGACCUGGUGCGACAAACGUUAUUACACCGAUGCAGGAUGCCCUCUCCGAUGGAACUCCGAUGAUCGUUUUCACCGGCCAGGUAGUCACGGCAGCUAUUGGCAGCGACGCUUUCCAAGAAGCAGAUGUUGUCGGUAUCUCGAGAGCAUGCACAAAAUGGAACGUGAUGGUUAAGAAUGUGGCGGAGCUUCCAAAACGGAUAAAUGAAGCCUUCGAGAUUGCCACAUCCGGAAGACCCGGUCCCGUGUUGGUGGAUUUACCAAAGGAUGUUACGGCCGCCGUCCUACGAAAGGCCAUUCCGAUGACCAGCACUAUCCCAGCCCUUCCUAGCCAAGCAUCAAAAGCAGCACAAGAAGUGUUGAAGAGACAGCUCAAGGCCACAAUCAGCCGUGUGGCUCGUUUGGUCAAUAUUGCCAAGAAACCGGUGAUCUACGCAGGACAGGGUGUUAUUUCCCUUCCCGAAGGUCCUAAACUGCUCAAGGAGCUCGCCGAUAAAGCCUUUAUCCCUGUUACAACGACUCUCCAAGGUCUCGGCGGCUUUGAUGAGCUUGAUGGAAAGUCGUUAAACAUGCUUGGAAUGCAUGGUUCAGCAUAUGCCAACUUAGCAAUGCAAGAUGCAGAUCUCAUUAUUGCUCUCGGAGCACGUUUUGAUGAUCGUGUGACUGGAAGUAUUCCGAAAUUCGCACCACAGGCUAAGGCUGCCGCUGCCGAGGGACGAGGAGGCAUCGUCCACUUUGAGAUAAUGCCCAAGAACAUCAAUAAGGUUGUUCAAGCAACUGAGGCCGUAGAAGGCGAUGUUGUUGACAACCUUGCUCUCCUCAACCCACUCAUCGAGAACCGGAGCAUGGAGGACCGAAAAGAAUGGUUCGACCAGAUUAAUUUCUGGAAGAAGAAGUUCCCUCUCAACGACUACGAAAAGGCAGCUCGUGGUGGUCUCAUCAAACCUCAAACUCUCAUUGAAGAGCUCUCAAAUCUCACUGCUCACCGAAAAGAUAACACCAUCAUCACCACCGGUGUAGGCCAACAUCAAAUGUGGGCAGCGCAACAUUUCCGCUGGAGGCAUCCAAGAACCAUGAUCACAUCUGGUGGUCUCGGAACAAUGGGAUUUGGUCUCCCCGCUGCCAUUGGAGCAAAGGUCGCCCGACCUGAUGCUCUCGUCAUCGACAUCGACGGCGACGCCUCCUUCAACAUGACACUCACCGAAAUGUCAACAGCCAAGCAAUUCAAUAUCGGCGUCAAGAUCAUCGUCUUGAACAACGAGGAGCAAGGCAUGGUCACCCAAUGGCAGAAUAUCUUCUACGAAGAUCGAUACGCGCAUACCCACUCCGAGAACCCGGAUUUCAUGAAGCUUGCCGACGCGAUGGGUAUCCAGCACCGGAGAUGCAUCAGGCCGGAGGAUGUGAAGGAUGCCUUAACUUGGUUGAUUGAGAGUGAGGGCCCAGCUUUCUUGGAGGUGGUGACGGAUAAGAAAGUCCCGGUCCUACCCAUGGUGCCGGCUGGGAGUGCGUUGCAUGAGUUCCUUGUGUAUGAUGGCACCAAAGACAAAGAACGCAGGAAAUUAAUGGCGGAGAGAACGGGCGGCAAGCAUGGUGGUAAUAUCGAAUAAGCAUAUUCUCGUUUGAUCUUUUGCAUGAACUUCAUGGAAUUGGUGUUGAAUUGGGAAAAGUACUUUGAAAAUCGUUUUCAGGAAUUUGAUAUUGAAUGGUUUCUUGAUGCACGGGUUGAACUCAGCUCGUUGGGAUCAGAAACCCAGACCGAAAUACGUUGAGGGACGGAGUAGAGGAGAGGAGAGUGGAGAAGUGGAGUGUAAAUGUACAUAAUAAAAUCAAAGUGUGAUUCAAAGA